AUCAUUCUUAUUUAUUCAUCACAUUCACAUACAAAGCAUAUAGUACACAAAACACAUCAUUCUUGUAUAGAAAAAAAUGUCAUACUCUUUUAGCAUGUUAUGUAAAAAUGUUGUUGUCCCUCUUUUCCUAAUCGGGCUUGUGACAUUGUUGUGUGUGGCAAAUGCAAAGCCGGCUACAUUCCUUCAAGAUUUUCAUGUAACAUGGUCCGAUUCCCAUAUUAAACAGCUUGAUGGCGGGAUGGGAAUCCAACUACUCCUUGAUCAAAACUCUGGAUGUGGCUUCGCUUCCAAGAACAAAUAUUUGUUUGGUCGCGUGAGCAUGAAGAUCAAGCUCGUUCCUGGAGAUUCUGCCGGCACUGUCACUGCAUUUUAUAUGAAUUCAGAUACUGACAACGUGCGUGAUGAGCUUGAUUUUGAGUUCUUGGGGAACCGGAGUGGACAACCAUACUCGGUCCAAACCAAUGUAUAUGCUCAUGGAAAAGGCGACAAGGAACAAAGGAUUAACCUAUGGUUUGACCCUUCUGCUGACUUCCAUUCUUACUCCAUCCUAUGGAACCACCGCCAUGUUGUGUUUUCUGUGGAUGAUGUACCAAUAAGAGUGUACAAAAACAAUGAAGCCAAAGGACUUCCCUAUCCAAAAUUUCAACCAAUGGGUAUCUACUCCACAUUAUGGGAAGCAGAUGAUUGGGCCACAAGGGGUGGGCUUGAAAAAAUUGAUUGGAACAAAGCACCAUUUUAUGCAUACUAUAAAGACUUUGAUAUUGAGGGCUGCCCUGCACCCGGGCCAAGUGCUUGUGCAUCCAAUCCAACCAAUUGGUGGGAGGGUUCCAGCUACCAACAACUCGACUCCGUUGCGGCCCGCCGAUACCGAUGGGUCCGCAUGAACCAUAUGGUCUAUGAUUACUGCACUGAUAAACAAAGGAACCCGGUUACCCCUCCAGAAUGUUUGGAUGGUAUAUAAAAUAAAAAAUAAAAAUAAAAUCCAUUUUCAUCGCCAUAAAUAUAUAAUUGGGCCUCUUAAAGAUGUUAAUAUUGAUGUUUAUGUGUCCAAAAGCCAAUGUAUGUAUCAUUAUGUUAUACAUAUGGAGGGAUGUGUGGUUAAUACAGUAAACUGCAUUUUAGUAUUCUUUUUUCUUCUGAAUAAAAUUGUUGUUGUAUCUA